CCCCCCCCCCCGGCACUCUCGAAGCACUCUUGCUAUCACUCGCUUUCAAAGAGUCUUCGGGUGAAUCUUCCACUGUCGGACCGACGUCAUCUCCCGGUUAGCUCGUAGACCCUCAGUUUUCAACCAGAACCAGCCAAACGUUACGCGCAACCCAUUGAAAGCCCUCCAUACACGACUUGUACUUCCAAACUUAGUCAUUGAGUGUUAUUCACUCAACCAUGACUACGCCAGUGGGCGACCGGCCUGAGCCGACAUACAACAUGGAUAGCCAAACGCACGCCAACCGCCAACGAUCUUCCGAUGAUGACGGCACUUUUGUUGGAGAGCCAUUGAGUCCACAGCACUCAAACAGACAAGAGAUCCCAGGACCACGUCCGAACAACAGGUCACGAUCAGGCACGCAUCUCACCGUCGACACUGCGCACGACAUGGCCGCGAUGAAGUCUAUGCAGUCACCGUCCCAGACACGCGAGCAAGCAAGCAGGCUGAACGACGACCUCGCCCUGCUCCAGAUAGAACAGGAGCUUAAUGACCAAUACGACAACCUCCAACGAGGUCAUUCUGUUAAUCGCUCCAUGACCCGGGUGCGAUCUCGCCGCGAAGACCCCAUAGACGAGUUCGAUGCCGCUACGAACCCAUUGCACGAACAAGCGGCUCGCUACCUACCACCCGAGAACCCCAGUACAAGCUUCUCCAAGUUUUUCAAGAAGAUCCACAACUCGUCAUGGGUAGUUAGGUACUUCACGUACAUCACACCCAUGGCCCUUCUGAUUCUCAUUCCCUUACUCGUUGGCGCGUUAGCAUUUCCUAAUGCCAAUGUGGGAGGUGUGAGACUAGUCUGGUUUUCUGUCUGGCUGAUGAUUGUAUGGUUGACGCUGUGGGCCGGAAGGCUCCUCGCUAAGAUGCUUCCCUGGCCAAUUGGCCUCAUCGCAAGUCUGUUCACGAAUAAUGCUAAGAAGUGGAGAGAUAUGGGCAAGCAACUUGAGAUGCCAGCUGCAUUAUUCUUUUGGUGGCUGGCGAUCGAAGUCUCCUUCCUGCCAACGAUGACAAACCACAACGUCAAUCACGGCGACAAAAGCACUCAACCCUGGCAAAAGACGAUGAACAAAGUAUUAGUGACUUUCUUCGUCGGUUCUAUACUAAACUUUGUAGAAAAGAUCAUCAUUCAGCUCAUCGCGAUCAGCUUCCAUCUCCGAACGUAUCAGGACAGGAUAGAGUUGAACAAGUUUCAAAUUGGUAGUCUCGCAAAGCUGUACAAGUACUCCAAGGAAAUGAUUGCCAUGGAAGACUCCGAGUUCGAGCAGGACGAAGCCACUGGAGGACCAUCCGGCGCACGUACUCCAGGAAAGAUGGUGACAGAUGCACAAAAGAACAUCAAAGUGGGCUUCAACAAGUUUGGAGAUCUUGCUGGAAAGGUGGCGGGAGACUUUACUGGCCGUCAAGUUACGUCGAGCGGCCAUCCCAACCAGGUUGUCCUCCAACUUAUUGGCACUACCAGUGGCGCUCAGGUCCUUGCCCGUCGUUUGUACCGGACCUUUGCCCGUAUUGAGACCGAGACGAUUCACUCAGACGACUUGAAAAAUGCCUUUGAGAGCGACGAGGAAGCCGAUGCAGCAUUCUCUAUGUUCGACAAGGAUAUGAACGGAGAUAUCUCCAUGGAAGAGCUGGAGGCCGUCUGUGUGGAAAUCGGACGAGAACGCAAAUCUAUUACCGCAUCACUCAAGGACCUUGACUCUGUGGUUAGCAAGCUCGACGAUGUUUUCAUGUUCAUUGUACUCAUCAUCACGAUUAUUGUUUUCAUAACCCUCAUCUCGACCUCCGCUGCCGGUGUCCUCACCUCGGCUGGUUCGACGCUUCUGGCUCUGUCAUGGCUGUUCGCUGCGACUGCGCAGGAAUUCCUACAGUCCGUCAUUUUCGUCUUUGUCAAGCACCCUUACGAUGUUGGUGACCGUGUCAUGGUCUAUGGCAACACUGGUGACUUGGGCAAGGGUGAUGAUUACUUUGUGAAGGAGAUCGCCCUGUUCUAUACGGAGUUCAAGAAGAUGCAAGGACACAUCGUUCAAGCACCGAACAGCUAUUUGAAUACGCUGUUCAUUCUCAACCACAGACGCUCUGGAGCCCUCGCCGAAGCUGUACCUAUCAUCAUCAAGUUCGGUACGACGCUGGAGCAGAUUGAGCAACUUCGCGAAACCCUGAUGGGUUUUGUCACCGCAGAGAAACGCGAGUACCAGACCAACAUUUUGACGGAGCUGCGAGCAGUACAGGAGGUCCAUUGGCUCGAAAUGAACGUUGUCUUCUUCUACAAAUCUAAUUGGCAGAACGAAUUGCUGCGUCUACAGCGUCGCAACAAAUUUAUCUGCGCUCUCACCAUGGCCCUACAAGACUGCGGUAUUGAGGGACCACGUAUGCGCUACCCUGGACAGAAGGAGUCAUUCCCGGUAUAUCUUCAAAACCUUCAGAAUCCUGCUACGCCUGGUACAGGAAUCAAUGGGUCGCCUGACAACCCAUCUGGCAACCUUAGGAACCAACAAUCGCAGGACGAGCCUUUCGUGGCCCCCUUGGACGGCACUACAGAUGCUCCUCAAAAUGGCAGCGUACCUGGACGCCGCGCGUCUAUUCUUCGUCAACCCGGUCGCCCUCGUGGAGAGUCACUGGCCGCCAUGGGCCGACGCGUUGACUUUUCGCUGGGCAUGAAGUCGAUGGGAUUAAACGACCCAACUGGAGACGUUCUUGAUGACCGUGAGAAUGAGUCUCGAGCCAGGGCCACGGUAGUGAGGAUUACCUCUCCAUCUCGCUCACAAGACCGCGCACGAGAGUCCCACGACAGCGGACGUUCCACCUCAAUUCAACGUGUAGGCACGAAUGCUAGCUCAACAGUGAAGGAGCGUACCCACAGGAACCGCUUCUUCAGUCGUGGUCGUCACGCUGACGAGGAGGCCGGUAUGGCGGAUAUUCCUGAGGCUGAAACUCCUCCUGCAAGCAAGAAGCUGGACCCUCGCACGGGUCUGAUUAGUCCGCGAGCUGUAAGGAUGAGCACCGAUGAGUCGAGGUUGCCCCAGUCUUCUGGCGCGCUCCCGGACACAGCAGACUCGGAGAGGCCCUUCAAUCAUCCGCCUCGCGCGCAAACAGACAACUACGAGAUGCGAAGACUCCUUUGACCUUCAAGUCACGCGUAAAGAUUCAUAUGUUAAUUGUUCAUAAUGUAGAGCGAAUUGGACACAGAGAGGCGUAUCGAUGAGCGGCAAUUUGCAAGUUUCGCAUGAUAGCAGUCCGACGGCAGUGCGCCAUGGUCCCUGCUUGUAUUUAUUGAAGUUCCAGCUUCGGAAGAGGCUAAGAUAGAUUGACGAAACGCAAUUGAACUAGGUAUACUUGAAG